AUGGAGGAAGUCGACGAAACAGAAGCCGUACCUCAGGUCUAUAUGGCAUGCAUCAUGCAUGGUAAUAGAGUGGGAGUUUCUUAUUAUGAUUCCAGUAUCCGGCAACUCUUUGUGUUGGAAUUCUGGGAAGAUGGUACCACAGAUUUUCCUCUGGUUGAUAUGGAUGGAACAAGUGAGGCUCCUGUUGUGAAGCUUAUGAAGAGUUCAAUAUUCAGUUACGAGCAAGCAUGGCACAGAUUGAUAUACCUUCGAGUAACAGGAAUGGAUGAUGGGUUGAACAUCAAGGAGAGAAUCUGUUUUCUAAGUUCUAUGAUGGACAUUGGAAGUGAUGUUCAAGUUCGUGCAAGCGGAGGGCUUCUUGCCAUAUUAGAGAAUGAAAGAAUUGUAGAUACCCUUGAGCAAAAGGAGUGUGGGAAUGCAUCAAUAACAAUUGAUUCGGUUACAGAGAUUUCACUGUUCUCUGUGUUUGGGAUGAUGAAUAAGGUGUGCAUUGGAAAAUUGGAACUAUUGGCUUCUUUACGCGAAACAUUGAAGUCUGUGAAGGAUGUUCCUCACAUACUCAAGAGCAUUUGUUCACUCUUGCACAUCAACAAGAUAUUUGAAGUUGGCCUUUCUGAAACUCUUCGAGAGCAAGUGAGGUAUUUGAAGUUGGACAUCGUUGAGAAGGUGAUUGGUGUCAUUGAUGUAACUAGAAAUAAAGAGAAGGGUUAUGAGACAGUAGUAAAAGAUGGUUUCUGUGAUGAGUUGGAUGAGUUGAGGCAAAUCUAUGAAGAAUUGCCGGAAUUUCUGGAAGAGGUGUCAUCAAUGGAACUUGCACGACUUCCUUAUAUGUCCAGAGACAAGUUUGUUCCUUCUAUUGUUUAUAUACAUCAGAUAGGUUACUUGAUGUGCAUUUUUGGAGAAAAACUUGAUGAAACAAUUCUACAGAAACUUCAAGAUUUUGAAUUUGCCGAAAUGACAGUAGACACAUUCAUUCCCAAUGACACAAAGAUUUUGGAUGAAGGAAGGAUCAAUAUCAUCACAGGCCCUAAUUAUUCAGGGAAAAGUAUUUACAUAAAGCAG